AUGUCGGAACCACCUUCGCCAGACGUGACACUCGACGAUUGCGUCCCAUGGACCGAGCCGGAACUUUCUCGUCGAAACGCUAUCAAAUUGACGCAGUUUAAGCCGGUUGUCACCAGGAGUAUGCGCACCCGUGCCACUCGUCGUCCACGGGCUUUGCCCUUUGGGAUGACCAUGGAGGCGCCGCCAUCUCGAGAGGAGCAAACAAAAUGCUCGCUCCCCAGAGGCCACCUCCCUCACAAUCCAUCCCCUCUGCGAGAGGUACAUCUCGACUAA